AACCUUAUUAUUGUUAAUAACCACAAUACUACACAACCUUGGCCUUUCUCAUUGUUUUUUUUUGUGCCUUAGCUUUUCUUAUCAUAUGUUUUUCAUUUUGUUAAAACCUCUUUCUCCCCCCAUUAACAUUUCUCCUUGUCAAGAGGAGAAAACAAAGUUAUUUUUUCCUUCAUGGGUUUGAUAUCAAACAACGUCUUAAAUUAUCAUUUGCAAUUGUGCAUGAUCAAUUUCAAAGAUUGCAAAAGUUUUGGAUAAUAAUAUAAAAAUCAGUGUGUUGAAAUUAAUGAGUUCCUCAAACGUUACAUAUUCAAUUUUCACAAACCGUGACAAAACAUCAACGCAGGUGUGUUAUAAUAAGACAACAACACACGGUUCCACGCUUUGGCGUCAAAAUUCUUUAGAACAAACACUACCUUCAUUUGUUCUUCAAUUAGCUCUUAUCUUAUCACUCAAUCGUAUUUUCCUCUUUCUCUCUGAAUUUUGCAAUGUACCUCGUAUUGUUCCCAACAUUUUUACUGGUUUUUUAUUAGGUCCAUCUGUUUUGGGAAAAUGGAAAUAUUUCUACCAAAGUGUAUUCCCAUUCAACAGUUUGUUACCAUUAGAGACAGUGGGAGCAUUGACACUUGUUUACUAUGUGUUCUUGGUUGGCUUAGAAGUGGAUUUGAAAGGAAUUAAAAGAUGUUACUUCAAUAAGAAGGCAAUGAUUGUUACAUUUACUGGUAUAUUCUUCACAUUACCAAUUGGUAUGUUGUUAUAUUACCUUCUUGUAACUGACAUGGGUCACAAAAAAUUGUCACCUCUGGAGACUGAUAAACACAUGAGUGGUGCAUUAAUUUGGGGAAUGACUCUUUCAUGUAGCAGUGAGUUUACUGAAAUUGUUAAAAUCCUUUCAGAUUUGAAGCUUUUGUUAACAGAUAAUGGACAAUUAGCAAUAACUUCUAUUUUGAUUAAUGACUUGUUCUCUUGGACAUUAUUUAUGUUGGGUCUAACACAACUCAUUUAUGCUUCUUUUGUGUCGAUACUCAUCAUCGUCGUACUUGUGUUGGUAUAUGUUUAUGUGAUUCAUCCUUUUGCUAAGUGGCUUGUUAAGAAAUUUUCAAAAGCUGAUCGCGAGUUUAGGGUGACGCAAGUGGUGUUUCUUCUUCAUGUGGUUUUGGUCAUUGGAUUAAUCACUGAUGGGUUAGGUUCACAUUCGAUAACCGGUGCUUUCUUUUUAGGAGUUGUUAUUCCAAAGGGUGCGCUUAAUAAUGCGGUUCAAGAUAAGGUUUAUGAUUUUGUGUCUGCAUUCAUGAUGCCUCUAUUUUUUCUCAUGGUUGGGGAGAGAACUAAUAUUCAAGAUUUGGCUUUGAACACACGUUGGUUAACCGUUGUGAUUGUUAUUAUGUUGGCUUUAUUGGUAAAAAUGGUGUUCGUAUUUGCGGUUUCUAGGAUGUAUCGGAUGCCACUCAUGGAAGGAUUAUCCCUUGCACUUCUCAUGAAUACUAAAGGGACAAUGCCGUUAAUCAUUCUGUACUCUGCCAUAGAUAGACUAGAACUAGGGAGCCAAGCCUUUGUGGUGAUGUUGUUGGCGUGUUGGUUAAUGACAGCUAUUGCUGGUCCUGUCUUAUAUAUCAUCACAAAAACCACAAGCAAACAUAUUGGAAGUAAAAGGAAGCAUAUCCAAGACACGCGACCAGACUCACCACUUAGAGUGUUGGCUUGUGUCCACUCAAAACACGACGCCAAUGCCAUCAUCGACCUUCUCAAAGCAUCCAGUCCAUCAGUUAGGUCUCCAAUUCAGGUGUUGGCAGUGGAGUUGAUCGAGAUGACAGAUAGACCAAAUUCAUCACUGGUCAUAAGAGACGCUCGGAAGCCAUCAUUUAGAGCCCAUUCAUGCCGGGUGGAUAGUGUACAGAAAAACAACGGAGACAAACUUGGAAGCUUUGACAACCUCAGCCAAGCUAUAUUUGCUGACAAACUCAGAAUUAUCUCUGAUUACAACACCAUGCACAAAGACAUCAUAAACCUUUGCGCACGCAGAAACGUAAACCUCAUUGUAACCACUCUCCACAGACAACCUACCUAUGACGGAUUAGGCGCAGGCACCGCGACUGCUAGAGCCGUCAACAUAAUCAACAGAGACCACGCAAGCAAGGAUGAGAAGAGACUAGUGGUUGAGAAUCUAGAAAAAGAAGCACCAUGCUGUUUAGCAAUUUUCGUUGACCGUGAGUUCGGUGGUGAGAAUCGUUCUAAACAGAUGAGAAUAGCUAUGCUCUACCUUGGUGGUGCUGAUGACCGCGAAGCACUUUCUUAUGCUUGGAGAAUGAGUAGAAACAUGGAGGUUAAGUUAACAGUGGUGAGGCUUGUUUGGGACAGUCCUGAUGAUGAGUUUGAUGAAUUGGACAGAGAGUAUUUGAGAGCUUUUGUGUAUCAAACAAACGAUACACCAACGGUGAGGUAUUUGGAAAAAGUGGUGAAAGAUGAGAAGGAAACUGUGAGGCUUUUAAAUAGGAUAGGGAAUAAAGGAUUCGAUUUGUAUAUCAUCGGGAGAGGACAUGGGAGGAAAAUGCCGUUGGCGCAAACGUUGGAUCCUGUUUUGGAUGAGCCUGUUUUUGGUCCUCUUGGUGAUACUUUGACAGAUUUGAAUUCUGCUGCUAAGACAUCUAUUUUGAUAUUUCAAAAACAAGCUGAAAGUAAUGAUUCGAAGAAACAUGAGUACAAUGCUUCUGCGACGUCUUUGCAGUUUCUUGAUAGUGUUAUGGAUCAACAGCAACAGGUGUAUACUCCAGCAGUGUCAUUUGGUCCCAAUUUUCGGUGAAUGAUGAAAAUCUGUGUAAAUUGGCACAUGACUAGUACUAAGAAACUGACUUGUACAUAUUUCUUGUUUCUUUGAAGAAUUCUCUAUUAGGUAGAGUAUAGAGAGUGAAGUUAUAAGCUUGAAUUUUGAGAUAUCAAGUAGUCUAUAUUUUUUUCUUCCACGAGAGAGUAUCGACAAUUUAUGUUCUUUUCGAUCGAUAUAUCAUAAGUGUGAA